AUGGAGGCCACGUGUCCGCGCUCUCCCGCUCGACGCGCCGACGAUACUAUCUGCGAUCUGCCCGCAGCAGCGGGGCGGACAGCGGCGGCGCGACAACGAGCGCAGCGCGCGCAGUGCGGCGAGUGCGACGGUGAUGGCGACGGCGGGCGGAAUCGCAGCGCAGAAUGCGGAGCGGCGAGCGCUACGGACGAGGCAGCUGCAGCGGCGUGGAGUGGGAACCGUCAGCGGCACAGACGUGGCUGCACCACCGCGCGGCGCAAGAUGGACCCGACGAGCUCAUCCAUGCAGCGGAUAAGGGAGCGCGAUGGGGAUGGAUGCGCGUCAACAGUCACAGGAGGCGCAAGAGGGCGCGGAGGCCGGAUACAAGGAGGAGGCGAUGGUGGCAGCGACUGCUGCGCAACUAAGGGGAGGAGGAGGCUGCGCGCCGCCGCGAAAUCAGCAAGGGCGGAGGGCACGGAUCCGCGGCAAGCAUGGCGUGGGCGCGGACGCGGCGAGGCAAGUGCCUGGCGCGGCAGCCCGCUGCGGUGGUCGUCUCUACUCAGCCUGCCUCUGCUGCUGCUGCGGCUGCUGCUGCGGCUGCUGCUGCUGGGUUGCGUCGUCGCGUCGCCCGCCGUGACAUCCCCUGGCGCGGCCUUCCCCGUGCGCAUCAACUGCGGGGCGUCGGAGCACGUGACGGGCAGCGACGGGCGCGUGUGGGAGCCGGACACCUACUUCGCGGGGGGAGAGCCAGUGGCGGUGCUCAACGCGUCGCACCUGGGCUUUCCCAAGGAGGUGGCGUCGCAGCGCAUCUUCCACACGGGCGACGUCAGCUGCUACGACAUCCCGCUCUCCCCCGGCCGCUACGUCGUGCGCCUCGCCUUUGCCUACCACAGCGACACGUUACCUGCCAAGACGUUUGAGACGGUCUCGUCCGUGACGGUGCAGGGAGGGCGCCCCAUCAGGGUGCAGGAUUUCAGCGUCUCUGCUACGUCUGCACGCACAAGCGCCGCCGCAACUCGCGACGACACUGUGACGGCAAGCGCAGCUGAAGCUGAGCAUUUGUAUGCGCCGGCGGCUGCUCCCGGGGCCUCUGGUGAAGCCAUGGUGAGUCGGUUGCCGGAUGACACGCCAUUCUCAUCCCCAGCAGGCAAGGGCCCUCUCGGAGCAACUGACGGCCAAAGUAUGGCAGAUCUGCCGCCCAGUGUGAGCGAGAGCGAGAGUGGGGACUUGGGGGCGUUGCGAGAGAGCAUGCAGGGCCUGUGGCCGCGGUUUGCGGUGCUGGUGGAGGGCGUGCAGAUGGAGACGGUGAGCAUGGCUGGGCACGUGGGGGCGGUGUACGAGCCCGAGUACAUCAUCGACAGCGCUGAUGCCUCUCUCACGCUCUGCUUCCUGCCCGUGUGGGGCCACGCCCUCGUCAACUCCAUCGAGCUCCUCCCUGUGCCCGCUGCCUUCUACCUCCUCCCCUCCGUCGUCCCCCCCAACGCCUUCCUCGCCGUGCGCGCCCGCAUCGACUGUGGCCGCGCCGCCGCCAACGACUCAGCAGUCGCUGCCCCCAACAGAACCGCAGUGGGCAGCACCAACCGCCUGGCGGGCGGCAAUGCUGUGUUGCCCGCGACGCCAGUGACCAACUCCACGUGGAGCUUUGAAACGUUGGUGCGUACAUCGGGGUUUGUUCCCACGGGCCACGGCAAGACGCUGAGGGAUACUCUUGGGCGCCGGUGGUCCAGCGACCUCAACCAGAUCGUGCAGAUGCAGCAGGUGGGGGUCCCACCACCCAGUGGAGAGGCUUCGCAGGGUGCAGAGGGCAGCGGGCAGCAGGAGCACGCGCGGCCGCAGUGGCGUGUGAAGCCACCGAAGUCGGUGCAGACACUCAUGUCGGUGAGCGGGGCGGGCGAGGCGCCGCUGUUCCUGGCGCAGGCGCUGCUGCAGACGGCGCGCGAGGCGGUGCUGGCGAGCGGGCUGCACUACUCGUUUUCAUUCCGCGUGCCGGCGCGCCUCAACCGCUGGGUGGUGCUGCUGCAUUUCGCGGCGGUGCAGCCGGGGUCGCGCGUGGGCGAGCGUGUGUUUGACAUCCACGUGAACGGCGUGAGUGUGAGCAGCUUUGACAUCCUGCGUGAGGCCCACGGGCAGCACAACCGCCUCGUCACGCUGCCUGUCGUCGUCGGCUUCAGCCGGCCCGCCAUUGGGUCGGCGCCCACGCUGGAGGUGCGGCUGGUGGCGUGCAACGGCAGCAGGCUCAGCCCCCUCAUCAGCAGCAUCGAGGUCAUUGAAGUCGUGCGCGCCAACGUCCCCCGCGAAAACGUCGUCUCCGAGCUGAAAGCCCAACAGAGUGGCGACCCCAAGUCAGCCAUUCCGUCCGCGUCCUCCCAUGGCCGUAGCUAUGCAGCGGUGGUGGCAGGGGCGAUAGGAGGGGCUGGCGCGCUGGUGCUGCUGGUGAUGCUCGUGCCCCUCGUGCUGCUGUGGCGACGCCAGCAUCGCCGCCGCCGCGCCGCCAUGCGCUCCCACCUGCUAGGGCUCAAUGCCGUUGACUCUGCAGCACCGCAAACACAGGAUGUUGAAGGUGCUAGUCAUAGUGAGGAGCUGGGGCUUGUUGAUAACAUAGAAGAGAUAGGUUGA